AUGCUUCACCAUGCUAGAUCCCGUGAGGGCCUGAUAACAGGCCUAGGUAACUUGAAUGGCUCACUCAUGCAGGCCACCAGAUCCAAUCAGGCAGUCAACAUUGCCAGGGACCCAGCAUGGUCAUACGUGUGGCCAGGAUGGCAACGACCCACUCGCCAGCAUGAUGCAGCAGAGUUCCUGCAACACCUUUGUCAGCGCACGGCGCGCGCAGCCCUGCAGGGAGGAUGGGAGGCCAGAAGGCACGAGGAGGGUGCAUAUGCGAUACUUGAUGAACAGUUCACCUGCCCUCACAUCAGGUUGCCGAUGAGCCGGCCCUUCAAAAUCCAAGAGGCCAUCCAGCAGUGGCAUGACCAAGAUAGUGAACAUGCAUUCACACAACUCCCGGAACUCUUGAUUCUGCAGGUCAGUCGCUUUAUGCAUACUGAUCGGGGCAUCCGGAAGACCCGACAGUCAUUUCAGCUACAACGCCGGAUAAAUGUACCUCACUUCGUAGAUCAUGCUGGAAGGGUGGAGCACGCUGCGUACCACUACGCGGAGGGGUACUUCAUGUUGGGCAGGACCACCACACUCAGCCACAAAGCCAUGGCCACCUCCUCCUCCAUUCGGCCUGAUGCCCUGACGCCUGAGGCAGCCGAUUGUCCAGACACUGCGCCAGUGGCUGUCACAGGGAAAAGACUACAACGGUACAAGACUACCCUGGAUUUGUCGCUACGCCGCUUCUUUCGAAAGCAGGGCCUAGCACCCGGGGCCAUCUCAUACCGUGUAAGGGCCCUAUGGAAAGAGGUGCUCGAUGGGUCGUUGUAUGAAAACGACCUCACCCAGGCUCUUCUACACACUGUCCGUAAAGACCUUCAGGUUUCCACCCUAAUCCGGGAUCACAUCUCGCGCAUCCUUGUUACCUCAGACUCGGAGUCGGAGCGAGAGUGCGAAGAGCCCACAUCGGGCACGCAGAAGCCCAGGGUAGCCAAACGCCUCCGCAACUGA